CGGGAGAAGGCAGAUAUGCAGGAGCAUAAUGACAUGUUCCGUUUUGUGUAGUUUUUACAACUUUAAUACAUUCCUAGUCGUUAUUCAUCAAGUUGGCCGAUGUUGACAUCUCAUUUAUAUAAUGCGUUGCUUAAAAACACAUAACAAGGUGAUGUCGUCCUGGGGCUAAAGACAAACAAGCCUUAGUUAUAUAUUUAAGCUGUAAUUCUAUCCCCAUUUCUGGGGGUUGUAUCGAUAGAUAUGACUUUUAUCAGACUUUCUAUAAAUUCAAUUUGAUCUUAUUCGAUUUUACUCCAAGACUGUCUUACUGAUGUCAAACGAAAUAGGAAUUUAAAAUCUUGAAAUGAGGAAAUAUUCAGGACGAUAUCCUUGCUUAUCGGCUUAGGUAAUUCGAUUGUGUGGCAAGUAUAGGUUUGUUACACUACAGCCAGACCGGAGAUCGGGUGGAGUAAUCUUGUUGUGUGUCAGGAAUAACGUUACAAAAAAUCCGGGAAUAUGUUACCUCGGAACUGACCACUGACAAGUAUGCCCGCGGGUAGUCCGACGUCCGAUAAAUACGUGGUCUACACCGUGGAUACGGAGGAUAGUAGUUCCGGUCUAGAGGACGGACAAAUUGUGUUCCGGGACCCGGACGGUAUCAAUGGGCUUAAAAGGAUGCCGCUUCGCUCCCUGUCUUCCGACUCCUGGGGGACUUACUGGUCCAAAAGGGAGAAGUGUUGUUGUCUCUGGAACGUCUUCCUUAUUCUCGUCGUCAUCUGUCUUGCCAUCGUCUUCAUCGUCAUGCAUAAGACCCUAACGGACCAACAGUCGGAGCCGGACAAUUCUAGUAUGGUACAUACAGCUUCCGGACAUCCGGACGUGGCGGACAGACGCGUCACACCGGCACCUCUUGCCCCCAGGGAAACGAUCUGCAGCAGUCACGACUGUGUACGCCUGGCGGGAUCUAUUCUCUCUCACAUGGACACGGACGUGGACCCGUGCGAGGACUUUUAUGAGUAUUCAUGUGGAGGAUUUAAAAAAAUGGCGUAUCUUACCUGGGAAGCACCACGUGUCCGCGAGAAUCCCGAUAUACUUCUAACAAAAUACGAAGAUUUCUUGAAAGAUCGAUUGUCCGCACCAUCUGACCCCUCUGUAUCCCGACACGAAAACAAACUGAAGACCAUCUACCGCGCAUGUCUAUGGAGGCGGAGCAUUCCCCUUGGUACUAUUAGAUCUGCAAUUCAGGAUCUGGUCAACUCGCAGAACACUUCCCAGCAGCUAGAGAGUAACGAAUUCAGGUUGACGCAACUCGUUGCUAUGGUGACACGAAAUUUUGGUGCUUCGCCAUUUUUCAAGGUUAUGGUGGACAGAAACCAGAAAAUAUCUAUCAUCAACAAUUAUUCUGAUGACGUCAUCAGGGAGAUGUUUGAUGACGGUGAAAUUGUUUCCAGUUUUCGUCAUUUGAUGCCAAGUGAUUUCUACUACCGGGAUCAUGUCUCGGACCAAACGAUGCAGUCCUAUAAGUCUUUCUUUAAGAUGACAGCAAUGACUAUUCUAGAUGCCCCUGAAGGCGACAAAUUCACCAGGGGCCUAAUCGAUAAUUUGGAUUCGGUAUUUGAAUUGGAAGUCUCGCUGAACAAGAACUGGUACAAAGAUGAGAGGAGAAAUAAUUUUAAGUCAAUAGAAAACUGUGAAUCACGUAUGAACAUAUCAAGACUACAGGAUAAAUUUCCCAGAUACGGAAUUUCUUGGGAGUUAUAUUUCAAACUGUUGCUAGGAGACAGCCGUAACGUGACAGGAGGGACAGAGCUUUGCGCUGUGGAUUUGUCCCCGUCUAUACAAGGUGUGAUAGCACGGACUGACUCCCUCACUCUCAUUCAUUAUGUGUGGAUGCAUACACUUCUACACACGGAUAUAUUCAAUAUGUUUGCUGACAGAACCAGGCCUUUUAAUCUUUCUACAAGUAUUUAUAAUAUCCCCAAACAUUCCAACGACGAAGCAAUGUGUAUUGCAUACCUGUCUACAGUUUUGCCACUAUCGGCAAUUGUCACCAUUCCAAAGUUGAACGUGUUUGAAAAGGAGUCACAGAUGCUCUUUGUGAACUUAAAACAGACAUUAAUAGAGGUCAUGGACGGUUUAUACUGGAUUCCAAGGCAUCAAAGGGAGGCAGUUGCUGCCCACAUGGACAACAUAACUCUUCAUUUUGAAUGGACGAAGUGGAAAGUGUUGAUCGGGAGCGGAGUGCUUGAUAUAUCUAAACUAACAGGUGGAUACAUCGAUAAUAUGCUAGAAAUCACAAGAACUAAACACAAGUUAUAUUUAACAGGGAUUAAAAUAUACCCAACAUGGAGAAUGUCAAUAAGCAAGUUUGUGAAAAAGUACCAAUCGGUGGAGUUGUCGGCUUCUGCUAUCCAGGGGCCGUCGUUUUACAGCCCCGCAACAGUUCCUGUGACGUAUGGGUCCACGGGGGUCCUCAUCGCCCAAACAUUGGUCAAAGCAUUUGACAUCGACGCGUUACUGCUGCACUUCAUGACUGGACUGAUCGACCGCCGGGUACUGUUCACGAUGGCCCACCACCUCCAGUGUAUGAUAGACACAUUCGACAGAUACUCUCUGAUCGACACCCAAGGCGCCCGCCACCAGGUUCGAGGAGACCUGACCAAGGGAGAUAAUUUCCGAGACACUCUAGCUUUACAUGUAGCAUUUAGGGCCUACAGACGAUCAUUUGACCGUGGCUACGACCGGAUGGUGCUACCAGGUCUUAAUCUAACCGACCAUCAACUCUUCUUUGUAACAUAUACACAGACUAUGUGCGAGAAAGUUAACGCCAGAGGGGUCGAGUUAUACUACAUGGAUAUCAACAAUCCAGAAUUACCAAGAUAUAUCAAAGUACAUGGAUCGCUUUCCAAUUUUCCAAAAUUUUCAGCAGCUUACAAAUGUCCUAAAAAAAGUCCAAUGAACUCCGAUUCCAAAUGUAUUGUGCUGUAAAGUUGUAUUGUAAAUGUUAUGAAGACAAUUAAAUCUAUAUUUUCUCAAA